UUUAAUUUGAUUUACUUAAAAUAUUACACUAAAAUACUUUGCAAAACAUGGAUAGACGAAAGAUUAAGCCUUAUUACACUGUAAAAUCGUGAGCAAAAUGGAUCACGGAUGAUGAUCACCAGAAUCGUUGUCGACAGCAACGUGGCGAUGACGUAAAGUAGAUUGGUAACGAAUGGAGUAACAAAAAGAUGAAUAAAGCUCGUGGUCAAAUAGUUGAAAUGUUGACAUGUUCUCUUUAACCCGAUGGCAGUAAACAUUGCAAAUACUUUAGAAACGUGUUGCUUCCCUUUUUCCAUCAUUCCUCUUGAGUCGUUUGCGAAGUUAUUAUUAUUAGUUUGGUACGCAGUGUAGUUCGCAUUGAAAAGGAAAACAUGUCAAGCACAAAUUGGCGUGAGGAUGAACUGGAUAAAGGAUUGGCAGCUGAUUUAUUCAACUUAUCCGGCCUUGGCGUCGGGGACUCACAGAUCGGCGCCUAUGAUAUGACUGAAGUGUUAAAUCUGGUCAAAGAACCCUCCUUAUUAAAUGUAACUCAAGAUAAUAGUCAAGUUAAAAUUGAAGGAUCUCCAUUAAAGCAAUUUAAGGAAGAUACAAUUUCACCUAGAUUUAAUUUUCUUCUCAAUGCACCAACUUCAUCUUCAAAGAAACUCAAUGAAGACAGUAUAACAUAUCUUAAUCAAGGCCAGUCAUACCUGGUUCGAUUACAAGCAUUAUAUGAUAUGUCAUUUGCAAAUCGUCCUAUACUCAGUGUUGUUGCUAAACUUGGUUUCUACGAACGAAAAUUGCAAGUCGUUGAAACAGAAAAGUACGAAGAAUGGUUGGCUAAUCGACCAACUGAAAGGAUCCUGGAAAUUGAUAUGCCCAUGUCUGUUGGUAUUUUAAAUGUCAGAACGCAGGGCAGUUACAAGAAUGAACUUGAAUUUGAAUGGGAUACUCAAGUCGAGGCUCAAGUUUAUAUCAAGAUAAAUUGCGUGAGUUCAGAGUUUACCAAAGGAAAAAGUGGAGGUGAAAGUGGCGUACCUUUAAAGCUACAAUUUGAUAUUCAAGAUACUAAAUCACAGAGCAUACUUCCACUUUACUCAGCUGGAUGUCAGAUUAAAGUUUUUAGGACUAAAGGUGCGGACAGAAAACACAAAACAGAACUUUCAAAGCUUGAGCAGUUAUCAAAAGAAGAAAUUGAACAGUAUCAACCUCAAUCAGAGGUCACAAUUCUAACUGAGAAUCUCUUUGGAAGCCCGGAAAUUUGGUCAUCUCCGACAAACGCAUACCAAAACUUUUUAAACUCGUCAGUACAGUCUCCAACUGGAUUUUACAGCCCCAAUACACCUUCAGCAGUUCCAGUCCCUGUACUUGAGAGGAUAACUCCAGAGUCAACUAUCGACGAAACAAGGACAUGGCUGGCGCAUCAUCGAUUUCAGGGGAUCUUACCUCAAUUGAAUAACUACACAGGUGCCGACUUACUUCGACUUAGUAAAAAGGAUAUUACGUUGAUUGCUGGUAAUGCUGAAGGAAUUCGAUUGCAUAAUUUAUUACAGAUAAGGGCAACAAAGCCUGUUUUAACUAUGUAUGUUUGUGUGGAAUCAAUGCAAGAUUCAUCAACGAUGAAGGAAUAUCAAGCUGUAUAUUUAGAAACACUGACUUUAAAAGCUCUUAAAGAGAAACUCGCUCAGAAAUGUAACUUACAAAGUUCACAAAUUUCAGCAGUUUUCAGGGAAGGACCUACUGGCAUCAAAAUACUUGUCAAUGAUGAGAUGGUUGCCAAUCUAGCAGAUGAAAUGUCUUUUAUUGUCGACGUUAUAAGAGACGAACAUAAUAAUUUGUGGAGGAUCAUGUUGAAGUGAAGUUGAAAUGUAGUACCUGUACAGUAGAACCUGAUAACUCGAAUUACCCGCGCUCUCUUGAAGUAAAUUCAACCCCCCUGGAUUUGAUGGCACAUUUUGUAGUAAUAUAGUGUUUUCCGAGUUCGAGUUAUCGGGGUUCUAAAGUAUAUUUAAUGUAAAUAUUCGUAAAUAUGGAUUUAAUGCUUUAUUGUAUUGUAGUUAGAACUCUAGUAAAGAACAACAUAGAGAAUUUCACGUGACGUCAAAAUCGCCAUGUUGGAAGAACAAUAAAAUAGCCGCCAUAUUGGUAAAUAAAAGAAUCACAUUGAGUUGAGUAAAUAUUCAUUCAAGGAAAUUAUAUUUUGUUGCCUUUAGGUUGACGUGUUCCGUUGUAACUACGUAUAAGUAACUAAAAACAUUAAACCUAUUUCAAUUGUC